AUGGGAACACCAGUAUGGCGCGAUUUGGAUCCCGACGAUCCGGAAUACACAGCCGCCGAGAACGACGUCCGUUAUGAGAAUCGAACCACGCAACUGGGUUGGCAGGAUAUCUCUUUGUGGUUGCCAGAUGAACAAUCGCUCCACAAUAUUCCCCACUUUGCACUUCGUCAUGAGCCUCAAACAAUUUGCGAGUACGGUGGGAAUCUUCCAGAUGGCCAUCACAAGGUUCUAUUUCUCAGCCAUUUCCCAAAGCCAUUGUCGGUAGUCGUACAUUCGCACGCAAGUUUGUCAGGCUGUGAACGUAUAGUGGCAGCGAGGACGAAACUGGAUUGUGCACGCAGAUUUUGCUCCGCGGCCGCGCAUUGCGCACGCUAUGGAGAAAGCAAAAACCAACUGGUCUACCUGAGUGGCCGCAACAUUGUUCGUAUUGCCCGGCCACUGGUAGACGAUCGUGGUGUGCUAACUGGACUAAACUUUCUGCUCGAACCACCAAAUAUUGGAACACCAGUAUGGCGCGAUUUGGAUCCCAACAAUCCGGAAUAUGCGGCCACCGAAAAAGGCGUCCGAUACCAGCAACUUCCCAAGGGACUGACUUGGCAGGGUUUCUCCCUGUGGUUACCAGGCGAAAGGUUAAUUCGCGAUGAAACCUUCCACGAUUCACGCAAUCUCCCUGUAACCGUUUGUGAAUAUGGGGGGAAUCUUCCAGAUGGCCACCGCAAGGUUCGAUUUCUCAGCAAUUUCCCAAAACCAUUGUCGGUACUCGUGCAUUCAGAAAGGAAUUUGUCUGGCUGCGAACAUGUAGUGGCCGCGAGGACGAAACUGGAUUGUGCACACAGGGAAUGCGAUGCGAUUCCAUUGUUCACCCUAAACCCAACCACCACAUCAGCUGGUUAUUUGUAUGCACGCUUUCGAUUCCGUACAAUGGACACGGUGCAAACUCGAAGUGGCACAUUUUACUAUCCUGAUGUCCGGGGCAACAUUCUCGCUCUGCUGUAUCACUCUCUCUCUUCGAAUCGACAUUGUCCAAAAUAUUUACCUCACAAUCCAGGUGACACAACAUCCGAGGUAUCUCAACACAUUGAAUGUGUUGAAACACACCACUGUCAGAUGAGCUUACAGUUAGGCGAUCGUCUGGAGGUCGACUCAACCCGGGAGACUUCACCCAGUUGCUGUCGGACAAUAUUGGAGGAACUGGUGUUUGGCUGUCGACACCAACUGGUCUACCUGACUGGCCGAAAUAUUCGUCGUAUUCCCCGACGCAUGACAGGUGCGCGUAGUCUUCAAACUGGACUGAAUUUUCUGCUCGAACCACCAAAUAUGGGAACACCAGUAUGGCGCGAUUUGGAUCCCAACGAUCCGGAAUACACAGCCACCAAGAAUGACGUCCGUCAUGUGAAUCGAACCACGCAGCUGAGUUCGCAAGAUAUCUCAUUGUGGUUACGAGAUGGGACAGCAAUUCGCAAUGUUCCCCGCUUUACACGUCGACAUAGGCCUCGAACAAUUUGUGAGUAUGGUGGGAAUCUUCCGGAUGGCCAUCACAAGGUUCGAUUUCUCAGCAAUUUCCCCAAACCAUUGUCGGUACUCGUACAUUCAGAAGGAAGUUUGUCUGGCUGUGAACAUGUAGUGGCCGCGAGAACGAAACUGGAUUGUGCACGCAGAUAUCAGAAACGACGAUCUUCGCUUAGCCUGUUUGUGACGAUUCUCCCUGGGCUCUUAGUCCUGAUCUCCAAAACUGAACUUGAGCCCCCGUCGUCAUUCACAGGUGGAUCCGCAGGCCCGGAGAAACGGAACUCGGGAUCACUGCACAACUGGCAAACCGGUCGCGCAACUUCCAGUUCCGGUGCGAGAGCGUCCAGUUCCGCGGGAUCCCGCAGCUCCUUCCAGCUCUUUGCCGGACAACCAAAACUUGGGGAUAAUGCGUGA